CCGCGUGGCAGGCGAGAAUUCUACCACUGAACCACCAAUGCACAGAACGAGUAGACUGCUUCUAGUUCUACCUUUGUAGGAAGCAGAGGCUAACGUCACUGGGCGGACAGCAGAGGCCGCAACCUCAGAGAAAGACCGCCAGCAAUGGUUCACGUAGGUGGGGCUCCAGGUCAUUCUUUCUCCCGCCUGGAUCCGGCCACACGGCCAUAAACCCACUCCAUAUGGCUAGGGGCGGCCCCACACCCGGGUGCUAACAGCUCAGGGCCCCAAGCCUCGCGUGCAAGCACUUCGUCCUGAAAUCAUCAAGUGUUCACGCAUCCUGGACAGGGUUAUGCUGUUGGUUUAAGAUGCUGAAGCCGCUAGUGGAGAAGCGGCGCCGGGACCGCAUCAACCGCAGCCUGGAAGAGCUACGGCUUCUACUGCUGGAGCGGACCCGGGACCAGAACCUCCGGAACCCGAAGUUGGAGAAAGCGGAGAUACUGGAGUUCGCCGUGGGCUACUUGAGGGAGCGAAGCCGGGUGGAGCCCCCGGGGGUUCCCCGAUUCCCAGCCCAGGACGCCGAGGCGCUCGCCAGCUGCUACUUGUCCGGCUUCCGCGAGUGCCUGCUCCGCCUGGCGGCCUUCGCGCACGACGCCAGCCCGGCCGCCCGCGCCCAGCUGUUCUCCGCGCUGCACGGCUACCUGCGCCCCAAACCGCCUCGGCCAGAGCCCGUAGAUCCGAGGCCCCCAGUGUCGCGUCCACCGCUGGACCCCGCUGCACCGGCCCUUGGCCCUGCGCUGCACCAGGGUCCCCCUAGUCCGCGCUGCGCGUGGUCCCCAUCCCUCUGCUCCCCUAGCGCCUGGGAUUCUGGCGCGCUGGCGCCCCUCACCGGACUGCUGCCGCCGCCGCCGCCGCCUUACAGACAAGACGGGGCGCCCAAGGCCCCGCCGCUCCCGCCACCCGCUUUCUGGAGACCUUGGCCCUGAGCGCUGCGGGGAUGGGGGCGGGAGUGGGGGCUGGGAGUGGGGUAGAGACUCCAGCCCGAGGGCAGCAGAGGAAUCUGGGCGCCCGGGCGAGGUGUCGGGGAGGGCAGCGGGGCGCGGGGGCUCAGCGCGUGGGUGAGAUGUGGUCUAUAUUAGAGUAUCUAUAUAAAUAUAUAUUUCCUGACUCCUAUCCCUUUUCCCCGACUCCCUCCACCCUGCGCCUAGGAUUGUACCCUCCGCCCCAGUUCAGUCCCAGGCCUUUCCCAAGUCCCUAGUGCAUGGAAUAAACUGGUUAUUAAAUCCCCGUGUGUCCCGGAGCCAGGGGCCUGCCUUUAUCUCGGCGUCCACGCCCACUUUCCUUCCCUUCUGUCUCCUACCCCUAGUCCUGCUCUGCAUGGCCCAAGUCCCGGGCAGACAGGUAAGUAAAGAGAGCAGAGCGGAGACUAAGGUUAGGUCUGAAACCAACUGGGAAACACAGAGAUAGAGUAGGGGGAAAGGGA